GGAACGUUUCAGGAGGAAGGAGGGGCUGAGGAACUGGAGCGUGAGUGCGUCGUUGCGAGUGUGUGUGUGCGCGUGCGGAGUCUCCUGUGAACGACAUCGGUACCGUGUCUGCUUCGUUUGUUGAUCGAAAGGGUGAGUACUGACUGACUGAUCCGGCAGAACACUCGCUGACUGAUCCGGCAGAACACUCGCUGACAGCUCGCUCUCCCUGUCUCUCCCGACGUGUCCUCUCGAAGUACAAAGUUGUCAAACUAAGCGAAACAGCGCAGUGUCGAACAGACGCACGUGAGAGUCCGUGACUUCUCACCUUUGUACAGAAUGCUCCACAAAAUCGCCCCUGCUCCCCCCAGCGUGCACGGCACCGGGUCAUCGACCAUCAGCGACCACAAUGACGUCACAGGCUUGAGGAAAGACAAUCUCGGAGGAGCGAGUUUAGCAGACAGCCACGCCCCCGUUGCCUCGGCAGCUGCCUAUGAUGGCUCCGGGGGUAGCCGCCAGCAGAACGAGGGAGGCGCUCGGCCCGAGCACAAGCUUUACUCCUCCUACUACUCGCCCUCAGCCCAAAUGGGAGGGUCAAAGGUCGCCGGGAGGUCACGGCGUGAGGUCAACUCUCGUAUUGUGGACGAGUGUUGUCUCCGGCCGUGCAACUUCGCCACGCUACAGAGCUACUGCGCCGAUCCGGACGAUCCCGUGGUGGAAAUUCCAGAGGAUGUACUGCGGCAGCGCCUCGGUUUCACCACACAGCGACCUGCAGGUCACGUGGGUCAGACCGGAAGACGGCGCCAGACGACAUCGAGGCCCUCGGCGGAAAUCAACACCGGUUCAGGUCAUCGGCGAUUGGGCUCGUUUUUCUGGUGGAGAUCGGGAAUCAACCUACCCGCAAACCGCUUGUAGAAUGAAUAGACUUUUAGUCCUCUCGCUCGUAAAUUGC